UUUAUCCUCUUCGGUCAUCAUCUCAACUCUCACACACCCAUUUACUCUUUCUCUCUAUCAUGGCUUCUACAAGUACUACUCUCAGCACAUCUAAACCACCCAUUUGUUCUAAAUUCAAUGAUACUUUCAAAAAUUGUACUUCUUCUUCUUCCUUAUCCUUUUGCAAUUUAAAUGCUGAUGCUAAUCCUGUUGGUCUUCCAUGUUUGAUGUGGAGAAAUAGUAAGCCUCGUAAGGGCUCAAGAUCAGUACGUGUAUAUGGUUUAUUUGGUGGUAAAAAGGACGAUAAGGGUGAUGACUCAUCAUCGAAAGCUGGAAUACUUGGCAACAUGCAAAAUCUAUACGAGACAGUGAAGAAGGCGCAAAUGGUAGUUCAAGUUGAAGCAGUAAAAGUGCAAAAAGAGCUUGCUGCAGCAGAGUUUGAUGGUUAUUGUGAAGGUGAGCUCAUCAAGGUUACCCUCUCUGGUAAUCAACAACCUGUUCGGACUGAAAUUACUGAAGCUGCAAUGGAGCUUGGUGCUGAGAAAGUAUCACUUUUAGUUACCGAGGCAUACAAAGACGCACACCAGAAAAGCGUCCUGGCAAUGAAGGAGAGAAUGAGCAAUCUUGCCCAAAGCUUAGGGAUGCCACCCGGUCUUGGCGAUGGUUUGAAGUAAGCUUCUGAAGGGAUACCCAGGCCAAUUAACAUACUCUUUUAAGUUAAUUUUAAUUUUAUGAGUUGUGAAAGCGCUUUGUAGACUACUAAGCAAACGAUGACUUCUUCCAAUUCUUUUUGAUGUCCUUAAUUUGACCUUUAUUAUUAUAUAGAGUAAUAGAAUUAUAUGUUUGAAUUGGCCAA